AGUUUUUUAUUGCGUAGUUAGUGUACUCUCUCUCUUCGAUCGUAUUUAGUUCAUCAGCCUUAUUUUCGUGUAAUAAUUGCUAUUAAAACAACCGUGAUCAAAGUUUACUUAUUUGUGGAUCUUUGCAAAGAAUGCGUUUCUUUUAAUCGUACUGUAUAAUAGUUAAAACUGUGGAACGUGAAUUAUAAUAACACUCGUUUAUAAACAGCGGUUCAAAAUGUCCAACUCGUCGAGAUCUACAGAACGAAGUUCAGGCCGCGCUUACGUUAGAUUCCGGGUGUUUUCUCAAAACCAUGGAGAAUGCCAGCAGGAAUUUUCAAUCAAGUUGAAAGAUAUUACUUGGGAUAACUUUCUGAGAUACUUGUUUGGAUCUCAUACGUUCGAAAAACACCAACCUACAAUCAUCUUACUCGGCGAUAAACAUAAGAUCGUUUUGCAAAACACCAACAUCAAGCAACUGAUUCGAGACGGUUUAGCUGAAUCGUUCAAAGGAAACUGUGUGAAUUUAUUGGUUCCCGAUUUCAAUAAAUAUUUUCUACCUUCGAUGUCUACUCCUGGUCAGAUUACUUCGAACGACGAUGAAAUAAAGAGAAAGAAAGCCGAAGUGAAGGAUUUCACUGAGAUUUUCUCCAAACAAAUGGAUUUACCAACGAUGGAUAAUUUCGUUCAGAGUGUGCCACAUGUUCAUUUCAUGCGUGAAGAAGGAGAAGAAGCUGUUCGUGUUGAAUUGCCAGCUCCUGAGAACACCACUCAAUUGGGAGAAUUGCACGUGAAACGUUUGAAGGAUGGAGAUUUAGCUAGUUUGCUGAAAGAUGGAGCUACGUUGAUUUUACCCACUGCUGAGAAUGAAAUGGUGUCUGUGAAGUUCAAUAAUGAUCUAUUGCCGACUUUUAACGAGACUCGAUGCAAAUACAGGAACUUGAAUUUGGCUUACAAAUGCAGCGAUUUGAAAAUACCAGUUUUGUUGGACGAUGAUAUCAAAUUCUUGUUUAAUCGAGAUGCUGAAUUUGUUCAGAAAAUGGUGGAAACACUGGAAACUGCUGAGCAGAAACAGAAAGAACACAUCGUUCGUCUGAAGAAAUUCCAGGAAACCAUGAAAAAAUUACGAGUAGUCAAAGAAACCUCGACCGACACGUCAGCUCCAUCAACCAGCACCGCUACGGUCCCAACCACUUCAGCUCCUGUUGCUGCCGCUGCUGCUGCCGUUCCAGCUCCAGUACCCGAAACCCCAGCAGCUCCAGUUUCGACCCAACCGACACCCGCGGCUCCUCAGCCCGACCGAGUGAUCCCAGCCACUUCAGAAGGAUCAUCGAACGAAGGACAAGGAGCUCAAACCGCUUCUAGAGUCUACAGAAGACCGCAUCGUUCGGCUCAAAAACGAAGCAAACGAUGCUUGGCUGCUGCGGCGUUGGCCAAUGGUGUUUUAUCGUCGGCUGGUAGAUUUGUAUCUUCUGUAGCUGAUAAUCAAUGUGUUGGUAGCUAUAAUCGUGAUCGUGACAGUAUCGUUGCUGCGUUGCAAGAUCUAUCUCUCGUGAGUGGUUCACAGACUAGAUGUCCUGGUUUAGCUGCAGUGAGCUAUUACCCUAGACCACAGUUUAACCUCAAUCCGGGUUUGAAUACGGUUGCUAACGAUGCUCAAGAGGGUACAUCAGAUCCUCCGGCGUGGUUCGGCGAUCUUUUGGAUAAAUUCAAAAGUGAAGUUCUGCAAGAGGUCAAGAGUAUGGUGAAAGAUGUGCUAGAUACGUCUCUUCCGGCUCAGUCCGUCAAUGAUUUGAAAAAAUCGCUCGAAUCGAAUCAAGAUGACGAUCAGUAUCAUUACAAAACAUUAGAUGGAUCGUCACCGUCUAGCAAACACAAACACCACGACAAGCAACACCACAGCGGCGGCGGAUCGUCGAAGAAGAAAUCUGGAUGCUCAAAACGUGGCGGAGGCGUGGCCCCUGGAAGUGCCGAUAACAAAACUGUGACGCCGUACACCUUUUCAGAGAGAAUUUUGGAAAUAUCCAACAGCCUCUUCGUGUACUCGAAAAGCGGUUACAAAGUUCGCAUGCCCCGAAAUGCUUCGUUGACUAUUCAAAUCCGCGUGGGAAAAAUGGCCAAAUACCGUAAUUCGUUGGAAGAUAUCGACUUACGCGUGCAAUCGGUUUCCAAUUCGAUCGAGUGCUGCGUUAAACGAGCUGCACCGGUGUCCGCUGCAGGCAAAACGGCGCCCACGUUCAAUAAUAUGGAUCCUCCGAUCAACUACGACGUUCGUAUCAAGUCUAAAGAUAAAUCUGGUAAAUUCAGAUUGUACUUUAAUGUCAUCGCUGGUGGUAGAAUUAUAGGACAUUCGUUCAAGAUCGACGUUCGCGUCAAGAAAGAAUACACGUUGCCUUUCAAUGGCUCAGAAGGAACAUUGAACUACGAAAACGAAGUGCUGGCUGUUCCGCUACCAGAACCGAACCCGAUGCCGUCCACAUCUUCAGGCUCAGGUCUCACCUUCGCCGAAACACAGAAAUCCUCGACUCUACAAUCCGGCUCAGAAAUAUCCGAAGCUGUGGCAGCCGCAGCAGCUGCCGUUGUUGAACUAGCUGACGAAGGUAUCGGAGGCAACCAGGAAGAUUUCUUCUCGCCGACGUCUGAUUCGGAAUACUCGGACGUAUCGGACUCGAAACCGGAUGCGUUACUCAAAGACGAAGGUAUCGAUACGUGUUAUCGUUCGAUGGUCAACUCUGAGAACAGCGGUGCGCCCCAAUGCGCUCAUCCUGAUUUGGAUUCAGAUUCCGAUACCGAUUCUUCGAUUAGCUUCUUGAUGGACGAGAACGAGGCCAGAGACGAGCUGAAUGAUUUGUUGGAUGUGGUCCAGCUGCCUAGUUGUUUCAUUCCGAAUGUUGAAUUGACGGAUGAUGUAUUGCCUGUUCGUAUCAAACGUAAACCUUCCGCGACCAAACGUAGCGGAACCAGCGGUGGAGAUUCUCUGGCUCCUGAACAGCCACAGCAACAGCAGCAGCAUCAACAACAGAAUCAAAAUUCUACACCAUCGGCAUUUGAUUCGAGUACCUUGACACCAGUCUCAACUGCAUCAGUCCCGACUCCUUCGACUAACGUUGCUGCUCCUGCUACCGUUUCGUCUCCGACCACCACGCCAGCAGUUACGAUAUCUGACGACGAUGAAGAUAACGGAGACAUAUCGUUCCUGAACGAAUCGAUCAAGUCGGCUGCGGUUGAUCACGCCUAUCAUCGAUCAUUGUAUCCGAAUUUAAAAGGUUUGAAGGAAUACGUUUGUCCUGUUGGAUCCAACACUGCUACUGACAAAGCUGCCCCAACAACAUCAGCAAAAGCAGCCACAGCAGGACCAAGUGCCUCGGAAUCGCCCAAACAGCAACAAAGCUCACCCUCCUCCGAACCGUCCGCGAGCAUUUUACCGGAGAAGUUAUUUGAAAUGUGGAAGAACGUUGUCCCUAUCCCGAAACAAAUGCACGAAACCGUAUCCUCCGUCUUCAGCUCGGUCUCGAAUGGAGCGAGUAACGCCGCUAAUGCCGCUUGUGCCGCUGCAGCCAACAUCGUGCCCAAUGUUCCGACACCGCCUUCGCCUACCCCUACGGCUCCUUCGGUGCUGAAUGAAUUGCAAGAGCAAGUCCAAAAAUACGCUUACAAUGCCGCAGCAGCCGCUGCCAGAAGUGUACCGAUGCAACCUCCGUCGCCGUCUACCGCAUACGAUGUAGAUACGGCUGCAAAUUACGCUCGUGCUGCUGCUGCUAGUUUUAUCCCUGCUUCUGCUUUAGCGACCAAACCAGAAGAUUCGAAUGCUGCUGGAGCAGCCGCUGCGUCAAAACCGACUACGAGUGACGCUCGUUCUCAACCGCAGCCGCAGCAAGAACAGCAAGCUGGGCAAAGUGGCAACGCCGCCCAUAUCAACUCGAUGUACGUAAAUCUCUCGGAACAAAUGCAAGCAGAUCUGAUCACCUUACACGAUAUGGGAUUCACUGACGACCCUUACAUGAUUUAUUUACUGGAACAGUUCCCCAAUGAUUUGGGCAAAGUGAUUGAAAGUUUAAUCAAUUACUCGACUUGUUGAAUAGAGUAGCUACGCAACCCGGACGACACCUCGGAUAGAUCAUUUUGACGAAGAAUAAUUUAACGUUCGUAUUCCCUUUUUUUUUUUUCAUAUUUUAUCCUACUAUAUUCCUCUGUUUUUCUUAAUUCCCCCCUCGCGAUGUUGCGCGUAUUUCUAAGUUUAAUGCGUUAGAUUUAUACACGAGUACCUGUUUCGUUUGAAUUUUUUCUCACUUUCCUCUUUUUUUUUCAUGCCCGCGUCUUUUAUUUUUGGGGUUCUGUUUUUCCUAUUUAAUAUUUUUGCUCGUAAUAUUGUUACUUUUUAAUAUUAUUAGAUCGAUUAUGUUUAGAGGGUGCUUGCAUUUGACUUUUGAGUUGAUAUAAUAACCACGUACUUCAGUAAUAAUAUUCUGUACAGUACCAAAAUCUGGUAUUAUUAUAUGUGCCACCUCCUUCUGGUAUAUGCAUAAUUAUUGAGGGUAAUUUAGAUGACCUACAUUAUAUAUUUUUAUUUUAAUCGGAUAUUAUGUACGAGUAUAUUCUGUGUGCUUGAGUAGAAUUAUACGGAUAGUUGAAUAAUAAAUGUAUUGUUUAAAUUUA